AUGGCUUCCCCAUACAGCCAGGAGCUCAAGCCCGCUGAGCCCACACCUGCGCAUCCCGUCCAGUCCGACGUCGUUGAACAGGUAGACGACUGCGAGUCCGAGGAUGAAAGCGAUGAUUCCAUCCGCGAGACCAGCCGCGAUCUCGAAUCGGGCGGCACCACAGCCGCCAACACCCCUUACGCGACCGCCUCUCCCGCCUCCAGCUCCAGCGGCUUCUCUGAUCCCAAGAAACACAACGAAAAGACCAUUGCCAGGGUCCGCCAGCUCGUCCCUGAUAUCGACCCUCUCGAGUACCACGGUCUAGACUCCUCCCCCUUGCCUCCCAAAAAGGGCAACCGCCUCUACCGGUACCUCCGAUGGAACUUCGGGUCCGUCUACCGACGCAUCUUCUGCCUGGCCUUUAUGGGUAACGCCGCGGCGGUCUUAUGGUUCAUCAUCCGUUCUGGUAUCGAGAACCGCCCGAUUCUCACCUAUCAACAAGCUGCCACCGCCGUCACUGCCAACAUCUUGAUGGCCAUCGUCGUCCGCAACGAGCACAUCGUCAACGCUUUCUUCUGGAUCUUUGGUACCCGGGCCAAGGUGCUUCCUCUCUGGGCUCGUACCCUUUCCGCCAAGAUCUACUCGUAUGGCGGUCUUCACUCGGGCGGUGCCGUGGCUGCCACCUUCUGGUACGCCAUCUACCUCGUGCUGCUCACCAUGGACUACCGCUCCCAGGAAGGCCCGCUUGAUGCCAUCAGAGGCUACAUCUACCUCUUCAGCUACGCCAUCAUCGCCAUGCUCGUGGUCAUGCUCAUCUUCGCCUAUCCGCGUGUGCGUGUGCUGAUGCACAACUCUUUCGAGAACACGCACCGCUUCAUGGGAUGGACUGUCGUCGGCCUUUUCUGGGCUCAAAUCAUGUUGCAGACAGCCGAUGCCUCCAACAACUCCUCCCCUCACCAGUCCUUCGGCCAUGUUUUCGUCCGCAACGCCGCCUGGUGGAUGCUCCUCAUCACCACCCUGCUCAUCGCCUACCCCUGGUCGCGCAUGCGUCUCCGCAACGUCGAGGCCGAAGUCCUCUCCUCCCACUGCGUCAAGCUCAACUUCGACUACCGCGAAGUCUACUUCGGCCAAGCCAUCCGCCUCACCGAUGCUCCCCUGAAGGAAACCCACGCCUUCGGCGUCAUCCCCCACCCCCUCGCCCCCACCGCGGCCGAAAUCGACGAGAAAAGCUCCAUCACCGGCGAACCCAUCCAGCGCCUCUCCCACUGCGGCGACAAGGGCUUCUCCGUCAUCGUCUCCCACGCCGGCGACUGGACCCGCAAGAUCAUCGACUACCCGCCCUCGCAGAUCUACACCCGCGGCACGCCCCAGUUCGGCGUCAUGCGCUGCGCCGGUCUCUUCUCCCCCGUCAUCGUCAUCGGCACCGGCUCCGGUAUUGCGCCCUGCUUGUCCCUCUUCACGCAACACCCUGAUCAUCCGGUGCGCAUCAUCUGGUCUACGCCCAACCCGCUGCAGACGUACGGCCGCGCGGUGCUGGAUCUGGUCUAUAAGACGGAUCCGGCUGCGGUGGUUAUCGAUACCCGCAAGACGGGCCGGCCUGACUUGGUCAAGAUUGCGUAUAGAGUGUGGGAACAGAGCAGGAUGGGAGUGUUUCCGGAGGAGGUCAAGACCCAGGCUAGAAAGCCGUGCGAGGCGGCGGUGAUUAUUUCUAAUCAGAAGGUUACGGAGAAGGUGGUUUAUGGGCUGGAGAGCAGGGGGUUGCCUACUUAUGGUGCGCUGUUUGACUCUUGA